GAUAUCUGCUUGGCCUCUCUGGUUGAAAGUUAAUUCUCAGAUCACGAUUUCACUUUCUUUCCAAUUAAUUAUGUCGAAUCCGAAUACGCCCGCAGCCCCAAGAGGCGGACUGUCGCUCUACGCAAACCUUCUUGAUCCCUCAUCCUCAUCCAACACAGCGGCCAUCAUAUCUCGCGCGCCAGUCGCAUUCAACACGGACAGCGGCGCCGCAGACGACGAAGCUUCAGCGAAGAAGCAACAGAUCAAUGCUGCCGCACUACGAUUUCAGCCGACUAAGCGUCCGCAACUAUCAUCGCAGAAGGGAAAGCCAAAGCCGGGAUUCCCAAGGCCGACGGCGCCAGUCGAUCCGGAUUCCACAAAGCAGACUGUGAGCAAUAUUGCCCCGCCUACUAGGCCCCCGGCAAAGAGCACAUUGGCCGACUGGGCUGUCGCGGGGGAAGACGACGAUGUGAAUGGAUUUUAUGGCGGCGGGGAAAAGCGACAACGCGGGGGGCGUAAACGCCGGAAGAAGAAUAGGGAGGAAUACGCUGUUGCGCAGGAUUGGGAUGAUAUAUACGACCCGUCACGUCCGAGCAGUUACGAUGAAUACAGGCACAGUGAUGAGCAGAUCCGGGAGGUGAGGGAGUGGAAGGACAGGCUUUACGCUCAUCGGAAGAGUAGGAAGUACUCUAGUGAUAUUGAGAGUGAUGAGGAGCCUGCACGCCCGAAUAUGAGUAAUCAAUUCGCCCCUCCACCCUCCUUUGCGCCGCCGCCAUCCUUCGCUCCUCCAUCAUCUUACGCACCUCCCCCACCACCACCAGACGACUCACACGAGCCAGCUCCAGGGAGAUCCUCACCCGCCUACUCCCCUCCCCCACCCCCCGAACCCCUCUCAGCAGGCGUCAUAUCCCGCGCCCCAGUCCGCUACAACCUCCCCCCCGCCCCCUCCGAAAUCCCCGCCUCAGAAGCCGAACUAGCCCUUGCCCUCAACGAAACCGGUGACGAAGAAGAACCUUCUGGCGACCAGCCACGCUCAAGUCGUCCCGGCCAAGCCGGCUUCGCGCAGAGGUUGAUGUCCAAGUAUGGCUGGUCCAAGGGCAGUGGUCUUGGCGCCGAUGAGUCGGGGAUCGUGAACGCGCUACACGUGCAAGUUCAGAAGCGGAAGAAGAAACCUGAUUCUGAGGGCGGGGGGUUCGUGGAUCCUCAAGCUAUUGGGAAGAUAGUCGGAGGGAAGCGAAAGACCCCUGCUGGGGAGGAAGAGGGUAAGUUUGGGGCUAUGUCGGAGGUUGUGGUGUUAGAGGGGAUGGUUGAUGGUAUGGAUCUCGACUCUGAAGUGGAAGGGGCGGGUGAUGGAGGGAUCAUGCAGGAGAUUGGGGAGGAGUGUGGGGAGAAGUAUGGGAAUGUUGAGAGGGUGUUUAUUCACCGGCGGGAAGGGGGGAGGGGGACUGUGUUUGUGAAGUUUACGAGCCAGUUGAGUGGGUUGAGGGCGGUGAAUGCGUUGGAGGGGAGGAUAUUUAAUGGUAAUACCAUUAGUGCUAGGUUUUAUGACCCGGAGAAGUUUGAGGAGGGCAUUUACGAAUAGGUUCUUUCCAUGUUUAAUAUAAGUAGCGGUAUUUAGGCUACUAAAUCCAACGGCUUCCUACGCUGCUCUAUGCCACCCCAAUACCGUCUUCUGAUAUACCUGUCAUGUCGAUGCUACCCAAGUCUUUGGAGCUGCCAGGCUUAGUAGAUACUCAUGGG